GUGGACGGUGUUAUGUGGUACGACAUCGAGGUGACGAAUGAGAGCGGCAGAUGCUGGACGGUGCAGCGCCGCUACAACGACUUUGCCCAGCUGGACGGCGACCUGAAAAAGUCCAGGUCCUUGGAAGUUCCAGAGCUCCCUGGCAAGGAGGUCUUGAACCCCCUGAAAGUCUUCGCCGGUGCCUUAGAGAGUUUUCCAAACCCAGAAAAACUCGAAUCAUGUCAAAAAGAUGUCCGCACGAGUCUUAUGGGGAUCGAACUUUAG